AUGCCCGAGCCGGAGCCCGAGCCAGAAGAAUUUGCGACGCGCCCGCCACCACCGAACGCGAAGAGAUACCUCGCCCGCCUCUUACACGUCGUUGCGCACUGCCUGCCGCACUUGUAUGUUCUGGAGUGGAACCUCCCCGGCCCGCUCUCCCCCGCGGUCGUGCACGCGAUGAGGGUGUCGGGGGAAGGAGAGAAGGAGAAGACGGAGGAGGAGGAGGAGGAGGAGGAGAAAGAUCCGGGCAAGUGGCCACUGGAGUCCCUGGCGAUCGAAGGAUGGAGCACGUUCGCCUCGCUCACCGCGCUCAUGCGUCUCCUGCACGCAGUGGCGCCCACCAUCCGCCAACUCGUGUGGAAGGGACACGUCCUAGGGCCCGUCCUUCCCCCGUCUCCCUCCUCCUCCUUUGUGGAUCUGGAGAACGACAACGCCAACAGCAACAACGCCCACACACUGCCGGAAUUCCCGAACCUCCGCACGCUGGUCCUCGACCGCGCCUCACCCGACUCCUCAGCCCUCCUCACGCACUUAGGCGCAAAAACGCGCGUAAGCACUCUGGCGCUCGAUAGCGCGACGCCUGCCACCACCUCUUUCCUACGCCACAGAGGGUACGUGAGCGAGCUCACGUCGUUCGCGUGGAUUAACACCCGCACGGCGGAAGGGAGCGAAGGAGACGUGCUCCUGUUCCUCGCUGAGAACACCCAGCUCGAGGCAGUCGAGGUGGCAGGCGGUGUUGAGGCGGGGUGGGUCGAGGGGGCGCUCCUACCCCUCCUUGGGCCCUUCGAUUCGUUGACUUCGCUCAAGCUGUCUUUUUCCUGCACCUCCAUCCCCGAAAGCACCCUAUCCGCCCUCACCUCCCUCCCGCACCUCCAGACCCUGCACAUCUCCGCUGGCCCCGCCCAUCCCUCCAGCCCGACUUGGCACCCUUCGCACGAAACACUCCGUCGGGUGCUCGCGCCGUUGAAGAAAUUGAAGAGGUUGGCGUUCACGAGGGACACGUACGCCGUCACCGCACACCCUUUGGCGCCUCGGAGAGAGGGAGGAGGGGGGUACUAUAGGGUCCGCACCCUGCCCGAAGGUGUUCGAGUCAAGGAUUGGUUGGAGGGCGAGGAGGUUGAGGUGUACCAAGGUACUGGUGCGGACGGCGAGGGGAUGUGCCUCGACGUCGGGCUGGACAGCGCCAGUCACGGUCCUGGUCCUGGCUUUGGUGCUGGCGCCUCCUCGCCGUCGGGGGAGGAUGAGGGGAUGGACGGUGCUCGGCCGCGGCAUAGAGAACGACAGGCGCAGAUCGUACUCGCCACUCUCGCCUGGGAGAGGUGGCACACUUAUCAGAUGUGUGCUAUCGUCCAGUCUUACGCGGAGGCGUUUGGCGGGUUGGAGUGGUGUUUCUUGGGCCAGCUCGCGUUUGGGGUGGAAAAUGUGUAUGACGAGGUAGGCGAGGGGGGGAGGAGGGGGAGGAUGGCAAUGCCGGAGAAUAUCUACGAAGAUCUGGAUUUCAUUCCGCCGGAUGAGGAAGAGGACCUGAUGGACCAGGUUAUUCUCCAGAAGUUCCGUGCAUUGAAGGCUGGCGGGAUGUCCAUAUCAAUUGUGGGCAUGGAUGACCGGGCUUUUCUGGCAGGAGAUGACGAUAACGAGGAUUCUAGUAGUGGAGAAGAAGAGUUGGAAGAGGCGUAG